AUGCUAAGCCCUGCUAAGCUUGGAUUGUCUCAAGUUGUCUUGCCUGUCAUAGACUUUAUCCAUUCCGCAACUGAGGCGCUUCGCACGACCUUCUCCCCAUCAUCAAAAUCAGAGGAAACAGCUGUGGAAUUACGAGCGACCCUUGGUGAAGGCAUGUGCGUUUGCGUCGUGGGCGAUGCUCCCAAUGAGCUCAGCCGAGCGGUUGCGACGAAGUGCUCCGAGGCCCUGGGUUCCGAGGCGAUCUUUGUGACGUGUGGGCAAGAUUCUGCCCACAGCUUUGCAGACUGGUGCACCUCUGAGGUGUUCCAUUUGAUUCCAACUUGGGAUUCUACUGGCUUCCGUGGGACAGAUCUGGCAAUGGGCACAGACCUACAAGACUGCUGCAACAUCCUCGGUACUUUGGGUGAUGUAUUCGUAGUUUUUCCUGGUGCAGAGCCUGAUGUGCUGAAAAAGGCCUCUGAUCGCUCUCGAGCGAUACUUCCCUUGCUCAAUGCAGAGCCGUCCCUUCCGAAGCCAUGGUUUGUGACAGAGGAUCAAUGGAAGCUUUUCUGUGACCCAGAUGCUCCUGCGGCCAAGGUGGCCACCGCAUGUGCUGCUGCUUUGACAAGCUAUGAUGCGCAUCAUAAAGCAGUGACGGAGCCAGAACUAUGCGAUGAGCUCUGCUAUGUCGAUGCUGAUGCUGAGAGGUGGGCGCAGCUGGCGGAAGUUGCCCAGACAGAUGUGCCAGAUGUGGCCAAGGGGAAACUGCGAUUGCAGGGCAGCUUCCAGGGGACCGCGACGACGCAUACACAUCAGAUGGACCUGAGAGUUGGGGUAAACAUGGAGAUGCCCUCCAAGGUAGCUGCCAAAACAAUGAAGCAGCUAUCUGACUCUGGUCUCGUUCCGACUGAAGCACAAGAAGCUUUGGAUUCGAAGCGCCGUGGAGUCUUUGGUGCCCUUGCAGACUACUUUCGGAAAGAUUCACAGGAUGCCGCCCCAGACGUCUCCUCGAUGAUCAUGAACGGUAUGCAGAUGAAACUGGACGACGUCCAUGCAGCCUACGAGGCGCAGCAGGAAGAGCUUCAGCACGCGCUAGAAGCAGCAAGAGCAGAGGCCAACAGCAUGAGGCGAAAAUUGAAGGAGCUGCAAGAGGCCAACGAGGCCAACGAGGCGAAGGAGGUGGAGCAGGACUCAAAAACUACAAAUGGCAUUGAUGUGAACAAGGAUGUGUUGGACGAGUUGCAAAGUCGUGUGGCAAUCCAAGAUGCUGAACUCGCCAUGAAGGCUAAAGAAUUGGAAGCCACGAUAAGCAGCUACAAAGCAGACAUGCAGGAGCAGCAAAGACAGGCAGCCAAGGACUUUGCCGCGCUGAAUCGCUUGGAAGCAGCUUUGAUUGAGGCCCAUGGCAACUUGGAGGCAGGAAAUCAAAGAGAAGUGGCAUUGAAUUCAGAAUUGAACGAGCUGAAAGCGAGCCAUGCACGGGCUUGUGGUGAAUUGGAGUCGCUGAGGGUGCCAUCGCCGAGUGCGAGGAGACAGGCUGAGGCAACGCUCCAAGACAAACAGCAGGAGUGUGAAGGCUUGGCCCAGAAGCUGGCAGUGGCGGAGGCUGUGUCGAGGGAUGCAAAGCGGCGCUUGGAGGAGCCGCAGCGGAACGGCCACAACCGCCACGAAUUGGAAGUCCAGCUCUCGCAGCUUGCGGGUCGGGAGGCUGAAGCCAAAGCUCGUGUCCUGGAGGCUACGGCAUCCAAUCAGUUGGAGGAAAAGACUGAGGAGACUGAGAGGCUAAGAGCAGAGAACCAAGAGAUCCGUGAGACAUUGGCAAAGAUCACCAUGUCAGAGAAGCGGCUUUCUUCCACAGUGGCUGAGCUCAGUGAACGCUUAUCUGCGAGCGCUAGGCCAAAGUGGGGGCGUUUUGGGUUGCAGUGCGUAGCUUCAACGGCUUUGAGCAUGGCUCUGACUGACAGGCCACAGACACGGAGUUCAAGUGGCUCCAUCAGCAAGGAUCUGGGAGGGUGCAAAAGGUGCACAAUUCAAAGCAAAAACCAAUGUAGUGAUUAUUCUGGCGAAAAACCCAAACAUGGUUUGUGCGGUUAUUUCUACUGA